AUGUCCACGGCCGAUAUUAACUGCCCUCUAACUUGGCAAGGAGUAGGAGAUGUGACAAUUUUCCUAGGACUUGUAAGAUAUAUUUAGGUUGGUCUUACCCUAAUGGAGCAUGGCCUUGUCCGUGAAGGUUUCAGCAGCCAUCUUCUUCUAAAAAAUUGGCUUCAGUUCUCAGUAGGUAUAGUGGCCUGAUGGCUGUUAGGCUAUGGUUUUGCCUUUGGAAACGUCCCAAACAGUGAGUUUAUAGGAAAAAAGAAUUUUGGAGGUGAAAAUUGGCUACAAGAAAGAGAUCAUAAUCACGGCGCUUGUGCUUCAUUUUUCGCAUUGUGUGGAUUUUUUGUUUUAUUUGUAAUUAAUGGAGCUAUCAGUGAAAGAACCAAAUAUCAUGUUUAUCAAUGGUACGCCUGGUGGGUGGUGAUUAAAAGCCUACAGGGUAAAUUAUAUUUUUUUAAAAUAAGCAUAAAAUCACAUUUCAAUAGAAAAUUACCAUAAUUUAGGUAUUUUCAUGAUUACCCACCUGGUGGGUUAUGCUUUUUGCUUGGCCUGUUGUAGUAGCUUGGUCAUGGGGAAGAGGAUGGCUUGACUCAGAGCUAGACAAGCCGCUUAUUGACAUAGCUGGCGCUAUUAAUGUUCAUCUUUUUGCAGGCGCUUUUGGACUAAUUGGAGCAAUUUUCCUUGGUCCAAGGACUGGAAGAUAUAGUUCUUCUCCUAGCGUUUUUCAUAUGAAAUUCCACGUCGCUUACAUUCUAGGAGCUACUUUAGUGAUUUUAGGCAUAUUUGGGCUUAACCAGUCUUUGAGCCCUGAUGGUGUUUCUAGAGGUUUAUCAGCAGUCAACACUUGGAUUUGUGCAGGAGUUUCAUCUAUAGUCUCCCUUAAGCUCCUUACAAUAUGGUCAACAGAUAUUCACACUCAUUUAAUAGCAAUUUACCAAGGAUUCAUUGCAGGGAUGAUUGCAGUCUCAAAUUCAGCUUAUAAUACUACACCCUGGCAAGCUGGACUAUUAGGUCUUAUUAGUGGGAUAUUUUUUGUAUCUGGAUUUUAUUUCUGCAGGCUUAACAAAAUUGAUGACGUUUUGAACGUUACAGCCACGUUCUUUUUCCCUGGGAUUUUGGGAGGAAUUUUACCUGGGUUUAUUACUGAUGAUAAUGGGUGCUUUUGGCAAGGGAUUUCAGGACACACUUUGGCGACACAAGUGGUGGGAGUUAUUGUAGUUACGGGAUGGUCAAUGACUUGGGCUGCAAUUUUGUUUGGGUCCAUGAAGAUUUUUAAUGCGUUUAGAUUGGAAAAAGAGCUGGAGGUGUCAAAACUUAAUAAUUGUGAAAUUAGACAGACAGGGUGGAAAAUACCUGGGGAACAUGGGACAAAAAAUGAUGCAUUGGAAAAUCAAUCUUAA